UCACCAUGUCCCCGCGGUGGCCGCUGCUGCUGGCCCUGGCCCUGGCGGCCGUGCCCUGCGCCCUGGGCGCCUGCCCCGCGCCCGCCGACCUCAAGAGGGAGGACGGGACGCGCACGUGCGCCAAGCUGUACGACAAGAGCGACCCCUACUACGAGAACUGUUGUGCGGGCGCCGAGCUGUCGCUGGAGCCGGGCGCCGACCUGCCCUACCUGCCCUCCGACUGGGCCAACACCGCGUCCUCGCUCGUGGUGGCCCCGCGCUGCGAGCUCACCGUGUGGUCCCUCCGCGGCAAGGCCGGCAAGACGCGCAAGUUCUCGGGCGGCGCCUACCCGCGCCUGGAGGAGUACCGCCUCGGCGUCUUCCGGGACUGGUCCAACGCCAUCUCCGCGCUCUACUGCAGGUGUUCCUGAGACCUUGGAGUUCCCUCACCUGCCACCUGCCACCUGCUGAGCCCCUCACCUGGCCCGUCCCUGGGCUCCGCUGCAGGCCCCAAGACCCAAGAGGAGUAGCUGUCCGCCUGCCCCACCACCUUCCCUGAAAUACAGCCCUUGUGAAGUUGUC